GGAAGUGGUUGUGUUGUUUACCAGUCUUCCAGCAGGUCAGCGGGUGAGCGGAGAACUGAAGCCGGACAUGAGCGCUGCUGGCCGGGUUGUGUGCGCGCUGCUCCUCGGCCUCCUCUGGUCCUCCUGCCCCGGGGCCCGGGCCGGACCCCCGGCCGGACUCCGGGUCCGGAUCCCGCCUCACGACCAGCUGGCCCGGGUGGCCCGCUUCGUGUCGCACGCCUGUGAUUGGGCCUCCAUGGCCACCAUCUCCUCGCACCCCCCCCUGGAGGGUCGCCCGUUCUCCAACAGCCUGUCGGUGAGUGACGGGCCGAGGGGGGCCGGCUCCGGGGUGCCGUACCUGUACCUGACCCGCAUGGAGGUGUCGGUCCAGGACCUGCAGGUGAACCCGGCGGCCUCCCUGUCCAUGACCCUGGCUCAGACGGAUUACUGCCGCCAGCAGAGCUACGACCCUCAGAGUCCGCUCUGCGCCCGCGUGCUGCUGUCGGGAUCCGUCCUCCAGGUCAACGGCACGGAGGCGGAGUUUGCUAAGAAGGCUCUGUUCAGUCGACACCCGGAGAUGAUUGAUUGGCCGACAGAUCACAACUGGUUCUUCGCCAAGUUCAACAUCACACAGGUGUGGAUGUUGGAUUAUUUCGGUGGCGUGAAGAGCGUCACGCCGGAGGAAUACUUCCAGGCGACGCCGUACAGGAAGCAGCUCUGAGCUUCUGGGCGUCGCCCUCGAUGCUUCGCUUGUGUUUCUCAUGAUGUCAUCACAGAUUUACACAGAUGUGAAAUCUUCCUCGUGUCUGAAUAUAUGUAAAUGUGUGAUUAUACAUGUGUGCAGUGUUGGAGUUUGACCACUGUGUGGCGCUAUUGUUCUGAUAACGAAAGAUUCAAAACAUAAUUUAUCAUUUUCAUUCAGUGCUGAAGAAAAAAUAAUAUUUUCUUUAGUUUGACUAAAUUCACAUUAAACUGAGCAGAAGUGUUUGUUGUUUCAUGAACACGAGAAACUCGACAAAAGUUUGAACUCAACAAAAAUUUAAGGUGGAAAAUAUUGAGAAUUAAACUUUAUAGGUUCUGACACUUUGACUGAAUCUGUUGUUUGUAAAAAUCAUUUUUAUUUUCAAGUGAAAGAUUUGAAUAAAAACUUUAUAUCUUU